AUGCGGAACACCACCCAUUUCAUUUGCACGCUACUCACACUGGUACACGCUUCUACGAGUCUCGGAACGCAUUCAUCGCGCUCCCUUCCCUUCACCAUCACAAAGGACACAAUCCAAGGUGACCCUAACCACAUCUUCCCCAUCUUCCCCAUCCUCCCGUUCAUCAAGCAUCACAAUAACCCCAUCUUGACCCCGAACCCAUCCAACAAGUGGGAGUCCGCGUACGUCUACAACCCUACCGCGAUCGUGCUCAACUCGACGAUCUUCCUGCUCUACCGGGCACAGGAUUCAGAGAGGACCUCGUCAAUAGGACUCGCCUGGUCAAACGAUGGGUAUAACUUCACGCGCCUCGAUGAUCCCAUUAUCUAUCCUACGGAGCCCUGGGAAGCUGGGGGUGGCACGGAGGAUCCUAGGAUUGUCCGCGUGAAUGGCACCUUCUACCUGACGUACACGGGGUACGACCUCAACACGCCACAACUGUGCAUCGCAACCAGUGAGGAUUUGCUGCAUUGGACCAAGUACCCGCCUACCUUCCCGGGGUUCGAAGACGUCGCCCUCUCCGAGCAGGGCGAGCAUAUCUUGAGAGUCAACCAUACUAAAAGUGCCGCCAUUAUUACCGAGCCAACGGCGGAUGGUAUGUAUCAUAUGUACUUCGGCGACAGCCUGUUCUAUCACGCCACAUCGACUGAUCUCCUGCACUGGACGCCGAAUUCCAAGCCGUUUGCCAGACCUGCCUAUCCAUGGGAGAACGGACUGAUUGAGCCCGGGCCAGCGCCUGUUAGAACGAGAGACGGCAGAUGGUUACUAAUCUACAAUGCCAUGACCACCGGCGCGGAAGAGUACCGAACGACGCAAUACUCGGUGGGCCAAAUGCUUAUCGACCCAUCGAACCCAUUUGAGCCUCAAGGUAGAGAGGGAGAAGGUACCCAAAGUCUCCAGCAACAAUACCAACACCAACAUCUCCACCAUGAACGGCCACCUACCCAGCAACAAGCGCGGAAGCAGCGGCCGCUAGCACGCCUGGAAACGCCAUUCCUGGUCCCAUCAACGCCAGAGGAGGAACGAGGGCAAGUUGACCUAGUGGUCUUCGCCGAGGGACUUGUCCAAUUCAAAGGACAGUGGUUUCUGUAUUACGGACAGGCAGAUCAGACCUUAGGCGUGGCUGUUGCAGAUGUUCAGCCAUGA